AUGACCACUUCGUCCGAUGUCCGUGACCUUCCUCGCGACAGAGACGACUGCUCAUUGGAGUUGCCCAAGACCUUCAAGAUCGACCGCAUUCCACCUGGCAACGAGAAUCUCUGCGUACACCACAUUUCAACUCUCCAAGACCCCAGUGCGAUGUUGCGUCGGCGUGAAGCAAGGGCCCCCAUUGUCAACGCUUCUAAUCAACGCAGUCAAGCUCACAUCGUCUUCCGCUGCUGCGAGCCUGGGCGAGGACUUACGUCGGCCGACUCGCGUCGGCCGCUGCCGGCCGCCUCGCCGUCAGCCGCCUCGCCGUCGGCCGCCUCGCCGUCGGCCGCCUCGCCGUCGGCAUCUCGCCGUCAGCUUUCCGCGUUUCCACGUCACGGUUUGUCGUACCUCCGCGAGCCUGGGCGAGGACUUACGUCGGCCGCCUCGCCGUCGGCCGCCUCGCCGUCGGCCGCCUCGCCGUCGGCCGCCUCGCCGUCGGCCUCUCGCCGUCAGCUUUCCGCGUUUCCACGUCACGGUUUGUCGUACCUCCGGGCGUUACGUCUUGUUCGUUAG